GUAAGAGCUUGUCGCACCCUUUUUGCGUCAUGGGUAGAAGUGAAGUGUUUAUGUCUAAUCUUCCGAGAAGACAGGACAUUCAACACAUCCGUUCCAGUUUUAUAGAUGACGUUCCUGUCGACAACGAGGAUGCUGACGAAUUCGUACGGAUACCCACCCAGUGCCCUUUCUCCGACCAAGCCUCCCUUGACCCCUGUUUUGAAAGAGGCGAUACUGGCACACAGGGUUACAAGUGGUGUUAUGGAGUGUGCCAAGCUCCUCCGCUGUAACCCUGACAACGUGAUGCUGUGCGUACUGCCUGAGGCGCGUGGACAGCAUGACGUCACACUGGACAUCCAACACACCCUCAUUGAGGCGUUUUGUUGGGAGAAUGACAUCCAACUCAUAAAGGUUGAAAAUACAGAGAAACUCUCCAGUACCUUAUGGAUGUCUAGAAACGGUAUCCACGACGUCACGGCGGAGGAUGAUGUAUUUGAUAUGAGCUGUAUUCUAAUACAGUACCCAGCAGUUAAGAGCCCACUCCGGUCACACUGUCGCCAGAGAGGACGGCCAAGACUGUUCGCGUCCCGGGACGUUCCGCCAUGACACAGCAGAGCACGAUUCACUAUCAGGAAUCACUUUUGUCGCAGUUCCUGGAGAAGCAGAAUUACUGCUGAAGACGGAGAGACAAUGGCCACAGAUGAUGUUCACUGGCAUGCUUAAGGGAUUGAUGUCUGCUUCAUGGAAGUGUUUAUUGCUUCAAAGGAAAAGUCUGCUUCAAAGAAGAAUUCACUUCUUUUUAUGGAAAGGUCUGCUUCAAAGAAAAAAACACUUCUUUGUAUGGAAAGGUCUGCUUCAAAGAAGAAACCACUUCUUUGUAUGGAAAGGUCUGCUUCAAAGAAGAAACCACUUCUUUGUAUGGACAGGUCUGCUUCAAAGAAUAAACAACUUCUUUGUAUGGGAAGGUCUGCUUCAAUGACUAUUCAAAUUCUUUUUAUGGAAAGGUUGUUUGCUUUAUAGAAGGAUUCUCUUUUUCAAAAGCAAAUACCGUGUGGUUCAAAGAAGUGUCCAAGUUUCUCUUCCUGAAAUGUCGUCUGCUACAGAGCAACUCUGACUGAAUCAGUGAGACAUAUGGCUAGUGUGAUGUACAUCUCAUUCGCACAGUAAAUAAAACACGCGUAACAAUCUCUAAUUAAUGUUGCUGUUCAGAUUACAUCUUCCCAGCACUGUGAAUAUUGAU